GUUUGUCUGAGUCGACUGACUCGCCCUCGCGUAGUUUGGCCCUCCCACGCCUGUCCUUGCCACUUUUUUCCGCCGUAUAUAAACAUCUGACAAACACCCCCAUCCCUCUCCCUGUUCGUUUGAGAUCACUUCAUUGAACCAUCCACUUUACUCAGCGGUCAACAUGGCGCUGCACCAAUUUGACUACCUGUUUGCCCUCGGCACCAUCUUUGCCUUCCUCGAUGCAUGGAACAUCGGUGCCAACGAUGUCGCCAACUCUUUUGCUACCUCCGUUUCCUCGCGGUCCCUGACCUACUGGCAAGCUAUGGUCAUCGGUUCAGUUAUGGAAUUUAGUGGAAGUAUCGGGGUCGGAGCCCGUGUCGCAGAUACCAUUCGAACCAAGAUCGUUGACGUGGACCUGUUCGAAGGUGAACCCACAAUGCUCAUGCUGGGCAUGGUGUGCGCCGUGUGCGCCUCCUCUAUCUAUCUUACCGUUGCCACCAAAUUUGGUAUGCCGGUUUCUACCACCCACUCUAUACUGGGCGGCGUGCUCGGUAUGGGUAUCGCGGCGGUGGGUGCCGAUGGUAUACAGUGGUGGGGAGGAGACGUCAACUCGGGUGUCGUCCAGGUCUUCUUAGCCUGGAUUAUUGCCCCCGUUCUCUCAGGUUGUUUCGGUGCCAUCAUCUUCCUGUUUACAAAGUACGGGGUCAUGCUGCACGAGAACGCCGUUGUCAGAGCCUUCUUCAGCAUUCCCGUCUACUUUGGCAUUACUUCCGCUCUUCUGACCAUGUUGAUCGUGUGGAAGGGAGGCUCCAGUAGAAUCGACCUCACCAACGCCGAGGUCAUCGGAGUCAUAUUUGGUGUAGGAGGUGCCGUGGCGCUCAUUGUCGCCGUCUUCUUCCUCCCCUGGCUCCAUCGCCGCAUCAUAAAGGGGGACUGGCAGUUGCAGUGGUACCACGUCUUCUUGGGUCCUUUGGUGCUGCGUCGCGGCGAGGUGCCUCCUGCCCCUGAGGGCUAUGCCAUCGUGCAAGAUUAUUACCGUGGCCACAAGACCAUGGAGGAGCUACAGGCUGAGCGGAACACCCCAACAGACCCUGAGCAUGCCGCUGAACGAAGCACCGAACACACCACCGAGAACGGCACUGAGAUCCACAAGGAAAGCCACACCACAUCUACGGCCGCCGAAAAGUCCGAGCCGUCCAGCAGUGCGCCUCCGUCGACCAACGAGCCCGCGCCCUUCAGCUUCAUCGGCCCCCGUCCCGAGGGCAAGGGCACCUUCCACCCCGUCAUGCUAUUCUGGCAGUUCCGUCGGUUCUUCUUCCGUGGUGUCGAGAAGGAUGUCAUCAGUCUGCAGAAGAAGCGUAACAUCUUGACCGGAGACAUUGAGAUGACGCACGCUCAUGCCAAACACUACGAUAACCGGGCCGAGUACAUGUACUCGUUCCUGCAGAUCAUGACUGCCGCUACUGCGUCGUUCACCCAUGGUGCAAACGACGUAUCCAAUGCCGUCGGCCCCUACGCUACCAUCUACUUCAUCUGGUCUACCAACGAACUCAAGUCUAAGAGUCCCGUCCCCUACUGGAUCCUUGCCUUUGGUGGUGCCGCCAUCUCCAUCGGUCUCUGGACCUACGGCUACAACAUCAUGCGCAACCUGGGUAACCGUAUCACGUUGCACUCGCCUUCGCGUGGAUUCUCCAUGGAACUCGGUUCAGCAGUGACGAUCAUCAUGGCCACGAGACUGAAACUCCCCGUCUCCACCACGCAAUGCAUCUCCGGCGCCACCGUCGGCGUGGGUCUCUGCAACGGCACCUGGCGCACCAUCAACUGGCGCAUGAUCGCGUGGAUCUACUUCGGCUGGAUCAUCACGUUGCCGGUCACGGGUAUCGUGGCGGGUUGUCUAAUGGGUAUCAUUAUUAAUGCGCCGAGAUGGGGAAUGCCGCUUUGA